CAGGCUCACUCGAUCAAAGCUUCUUAACGCGCCUUCAGUCAUCAUGGAGGAUGGUGGUGCGCCGGCGAAGCGGGCCAGGGGAAAGGCCAGGGAGAAGCAGCCGGUUAAGAAGCGGCCGAGACCGAGGCUCUUUGCUCCCUUCCGAGCCCUGGGCCUGGUGACGGACCAUGUCCCCGUGGUGGUGCAGGUGCAGCACGGAGGAAAGGAUGCAAAGUCCGCCAACAUCAACAUCGUCGCUUCCGUCGGCCACUCCUGGGUCAUGUGGGACGGCGAUCGAAUGACCCUGCUCUUUGUCGGUCAGAGCCUUCCUCACCCGAUUCAAUCGCUUGCGCUCGCGCCCGGCAGUGGAGGUGUCACCAAUGUUCUGGCGACUGCAGGCGACGGUGUCUAUCGAUUCGUCAGGGGCGCCAUCGUGCAGGAGCUCAAGGCCGAGGUGCCUCUAUCGACACUCACCACAAUUGGUGACAACGUCAUCUCGCUCUCGGCCUCUGGUCAGGACCUCUUCAUUUGGUCUCUUCUCAAGGGAAAUCUCCAGCGGCAGAUCCAGCUCAACAGGCCUAUGCCCAACGGCAGCGACGUAGACGAAGCAGGCAGGACAUUCUCGGCCACUGCGAUGCUGCACCCCUCGACGUACAUUGACAAGCUUCUCAUCGGAGGUGCUUCGGGAGAUCUUCAGCUCUGGAACACUCGCACUGCGACGUUGAUUCACCACUUCUCGGCCGCCAAGCUCCUCUCCUACCUCGGGCUGGGCCUAGACGACAGAAGCGCCAUUGUCGAUCUGGUCCAGACGCCAGCCAUCGACAUUGUGGCCGUCGCAUUCGCCUCAGGCCAUGUGCUCCUCGUUGAUAUCCGCUAUGAUGAGCCCAUUCUCUGCGCUCACAUCACCUCGACAUCGAACUCGGCCAUUCUCUCGAAGGGCGCCCUUGCUUUCCGGACGGACAACAUGGCGCAUACAAUGGCCAUCGGCACUCGUCUUGGAGACAUCGUGCUGUUUGACCUCGACGCACCUGGCUCCGUCGGUUCAGUCUUGUCUGGCAGAGCACGCCCUGCGAGGCUCGCUCACACGCUUCGGAGUGCCCACGACUCGUCCGUCGCCUCGCUCCACUUCCUUCCCGGCCAGCCGCUGCUGCUCUCGUCAGGAUCCGACAAUGCCAUCAAGCAGUGGUUCUUUGAGGUCUCGUCCAUCAAUGCUGGGUCAGGGUCGCUGGGAGGUCAGGCCGAGGUGGGCAGCACGACGGCGCCGCGGCUGCUCAAGUACCGGGCUGGCCAUAGCCAACCGCCACGGCUGAUCCGCUACAUGGGGCCUGAAGGCAAGACGAUUCUGUCAAGCGGAGGCGAAGAUCGGAGUGUGCGGGCCAUGAGUGUGGUAAGGGACAGUCGGAGCGCCGAGCUUAGUCAGGGGUCUGUCGAGCGCUCGGCCAAGAAGCUCUCGACGGACGUUGUCUCGCUCAAGGUUUCGCCGACAACUUCACUGGCUUUUAGUACGACGAGAUCACGGGACUGGGACGACAUCCUCUCGACCCAUGCCUCGUCGCCCUACGCACAGACAUGGUUCCUUCGCGAUCGUCGAAAGGGCAAGGCGCCACUGCUGGCCACCAAUGUCGAUGCUCCCACCAAUGACGGUGUCCCGGCCAAAGCAAGCAAUGCUGGGCUUGGAGAGGCGACCGCAAGUUGCGUGAGCGCAUGCGGCAACUUUGGCAUGGUGGGGAAUAGUCACGGCUUCGUCGAGGUGUACAACAUGCAGAGUGGUCGAUGGCGCCGGCGAUACGACACACGUGCCUUGAUAGACGGGCCUGUCAAGACUUUCAUCUCCAAGGCGGGCGUUCGCACAGAGCGGAGGGAGAAGCAGAGGGCCCGAGCAAGCGCUGUGGUGGCCGUUGCAAGCGACUCUGUCAAUCGGACAGUCAUUGUUGCAACGCUCGAUGGCACCUUGCACUUCUUUGACUUCGGCACAGCACAGCUCGUGCAGACGAUUCAAACGGGCAGCGGAAUUGCCGCGAUGCAGCUCGAGCAGAACACAAAUCUGAUUGCUACCGUGCACGACGACCUGCAAGUCCGCAUGUACGACAUUGAGACAUUCAAGCUCGUCCGUACCUUUACCGGCUUCCGCGCGCGGAUUCUCGACAUGACUUUUUCGCCCGAUGGACGCUGGCUAAUCGUGUCGUCGCUCGACGGUGCCAUUCGCACGUUUGAUGUGCCGUCGGGCCUCCUCGUCGAUGCGUUUAGACCGCCAUCUGUCGCGACGAGCUUGACAUUUAGCCCUACGGCCGACUUUCUAGCGACGACUCACGUCGGCAGCUUAGGUAUCUUUCUCUGGGCCAAUCGCGCGCAGUUCACGAGUGUCAAUCUCGUCGGUCUCGAAGAGGAGGCCGUCUUUGACGAGGCUCGGGGUGCAGGUGUCGAACUUCCGACGAUGCGUGGCAUGCAGGAGGACGGCGACGAACGUGAGCUGGAAACGAUUGAUGUGGGCGAAGGGGAAUUGCAGCGGGCAUAUGCCUCGCAGCCGCAGCUCUUCAGCUCAAAAGACUCCAAGGCAGCGGCGGAAACCGAGGGACUGGUGACGCUGAGCACCAUGUCGAGGUCGCGCUGGAUGACGCUGCUGAACCUCGAUGCGAUUCGGCAGCGCGACAAGCCAGUCGAAGCGCCAAAGAAGCCAGAGCGGGCGCCCUUCUUCCUGCCGCAGGCGUCGGAAGCGCCGGAGUCGGCCAUUAUCCGGCGACCCGGCCUUGGCGAUGAGCUGGCUGGGGAGGAACAGGACGUAGAAUCUGCAAGGAGGCUCCGAUCCCUUCGGGACCAGAGCGGCCUGGACUUCGAAAGUGACCUCUCAAAGCGCAUGCGGAUGGCCUUGGACGCGCAGGAGAAGGAGGCAACGAUCGAAGGCAUCUUUGUCUAUCUGCACUCGCUCUCGCCCCCAGCUCUGGACGGCGAGAUCCGUGCAUCCUUGGGCCGCGUGGUCGACAUUACGCGCUUCUUGAAGGUCCUCACGGCCAGGCUCAGACAGAAGAGAGACUACGAGGCAGUCCAGGCGAUGCUCGCCGUGCUCCUCAGAGUGCAUGGCGACGUAAUUGUGGCAAAUGGUGUCAAGCCCAGCGUGGCCACUGCCGAUCACAUGAUCAUUGAUGGGGAGCAGCAUGACGAUAACGAUGACGACGAGGUCAACGAGGAGGGACGCGAGCUGGGCCAAGCGCUGAGAGAGCUCAUCGUCGAGCAGAACAAGGAGGGCAAGAGGGUCAUGGAGCUUCUCGACUACUGCACUGGCAGCUUGGCCUUUGUCAGAAAUGUCCCGUUGUCUUAUUGAUCCCGGCAGACAGCAGCAGUCGCAACGCCCAUUGUUCUUUAUAAUUUUUGCGCAUGUGCACACAAGCAAUUCUAGAGCAUUGAUGAGCGUG